GCGUCGUCCGCCGACCCCAUCAUGCUGUGGGAUGACGACGAGAGGAAGUUCGCGCCGCACGAGGCGGCCACGAAAGAGUCCGACGCGUGCCUCCAAGGGCUGACGAUCACCCCGAGGGAGGUGAUCGAACGCAUCAACGCGGCGAAGGGCAAGGGCGGAAGGCUCGACCUCGCGGGUCUCGGCCUCUCGGUCGUGCCCCCGGAGGUGUGGACGCUGCGCGACCUCGUGGACUUGCAACUGAGCAACAACAAGCUCACGGAGUUGCACGAGGACAUCGGGUGCCUCGUCGAGCUCGAACGCCUGGGCGUCGCGGGGAACCGCCUGCGGACGUUCCCAGAUUCGGUCGGGAAGAUGCGGUGUCUCGAGAGCGUCUACGCGCACGGGAAUCUGCUCUCCUCGCUCCCCGCGUCGCUCCUCGCCGACUGCACCGAGUUGCGGCACCUCAUGCUCGGUGGGAACCGAUUGACGUCGCUGCCGGAUACGCUGGGCGAGUGCGCGCGCCUCGAGGAGCUGUCCGCGCCGGGGAACUUGCUCGCGUCGCUUCCGGAGUCCAUCGGCUCCGCGACGAUGCUCCGCGUCGUCGACCUCCACGGCAACUUCAUCGCGUCGCUUCCGGAGUCGAUCGGCGCCCUGCGCGGGUGCGAGGAGAUCAGCGUCCAGGGGAACGCGCUCACGCGGCUGCCGGAGUCGAUGUGCGACAUGCGACGGCUGCGGACGCUGAACGCGGCGGAGAACGACCUAGAGGCGCUUCCGGAGAAGAUU